GUUCUUGAGUUGACAAGAUGGAACCAUCUAAGUCAAAGAGGAAUACUAACUUCUCAGCAAAUGAAAUUACUGCAAUCGUGGACGGCGUAAGUAGGAGAAAAAGCAUUAUUAAUGGGAGUCUAUGUGGGUCAACCGUGACCAGCCAAAAAAAGAAGAGAGCAUGAUGGGAAGAGGUUGCCGAUGAGGUUCGGGCUGUUGGAGGUAGCGUUAGAACAGUUGAGGAGAUAAAGAAAAAGUGGUCCAACAUAAAAGUAGAGAGCAAAAAGCGAGGAGCAUUGCAUCGUCAUGAAUCCAAUAAGACAGGGGGAGGUGAAGCACCUGCGGCACUCGAUGACGAGUGCCAGAAAAUACUGGCAACGAUUGGAGAUGCUGCUAUCUAUGGUAUCGAAGGUGGACUUGAAAGUACCAUGAACUGUGAAGGAAGUUCUUGUGAAAAAUUAUGGGAGGUGCCGUUUGAAAUGAUCAACUUGCAGGUACCGGCCCAACCAAAGAACGAAGAGUUAAAAAAGAAUGAAGAUUUACUAUUUGUUACUAGAAAGAUCCUGAAUGUCGAAAGUCAGCGGCUCGAAAUCGAAAGAGAAAGGCUGAACAUCGAAAAACAACGACUAAUAAUCGAAAAAAACCGAUGGGAUCUUGAAAAGCAAAAUAUAUAGAUACAGUAUACACUUUUGUACUGUUUUCUUCCUUCACAGUUUUUGGUAGUUUUAAGGCCACCUUUGAUACCAUAGGUUUUCAAUUAUAAUGCAAUGCUCCUUUAACUUUGAUAUUUGACCACUUCUUUAUCUUCUCCAUUGUUAUGGAUAUAUCUCCAAGAGCCUGAAAAUCAUUAAUAACCACUCACCAUGCUCUCUUCUUUUUUUGGGUGGGGGGAGGGAGAUGGUUGAUGGGGGAU